GGUUGUCUUCAACCUCUCGCACCAUCACCGAACUGCAGUGGCAGAAGCCCGUGGCAACCUCAGAUUGAGGAGAGGCGAAUCUGUUCUUUUUAUCAAUCACGCCUCGGAUAGAUUCUAAAGCUUGACCGGAAGAAAGAAUGGUGGCUAAAGACGAGAGCAGUGAGAAAUCAUUGGAGUUGUUUUUGAAGAUCGGUUUGGAUGAGCGGACUGCUCGGAACACCAUUGCCAAUAACAAGGUUACCGCCAACUUAACUGCAGUUAUUCACGAGGCUGGUGUUACUAAUGGGUGUAGCAGGGCUAUUGGGAAUCUUUUAUACACGGUUGCUACCAAAUUCCCAGCUAAUGCACUUGUACAUCGGCCCACGUUGUGCUUGAAUACGUGGUCUCAUUGAAGAUAAAAGCCCCAGCUCAGCUAGAGGCAGCUUUCUCAUUUUUUACAAGCAUUGGUCCAGAGAAAUUUCAAUUGAAUGAUUUUGAAGAAAGUUGUGGUGUAGGUGCACAUGGAUUUAUUUUCUUCGGCACAAAUCAAAAGUCUUCCCAAUAUUGCAGUUGUAUCAUGCCACAAUACGAGUUUGGUUUCAGUCUUGUGUACGGAUCCUUUGCUAGAUUUAGGGGGAGUACAUUGACGGGGAAUUUUUGCCUUACUUGGAAGACAAAUGGGAUAUGAGUUCAACAAAGCUGUUCGGGUACUCCUCAGCAGAAUGGUGUAGCCAAGCGCAAGAAUGGACAUGUUCUUAGUGUUGUGAGGACUUUGUUAUAGGAGUUGCAUGCACCAUCUUCUUUUUGGUGGAGCUCAGCUGGCAGUCUAAAGGAGUCACUAUGUUUGCUAAAUAUCAUUCUAUCUUGAUGGGGCAUGCUUCAACCAAACAGCCUGUGGAAAGCAAGGAACCAAUUUUUUCAGGGCUUAUUUUGUGAAAACACCAAAUACAUGCUAUGUACUCUUGAAUUUGAGACUCGCCAUGCUUCAUACUACUGGUUAUUAGAUGCAUUGAGCCUUUACCAACCCUAUGUGUGGGAGUAUUCACGAUUAAAUGUCACCAACACGGUGAUGUCAAAGCGGAAGUUGAACCGCCUUGUCACAGAGAAGUGGGUUAAUGGUUGGGAUGACCCCCGCUUAAUGACACUGGCUGGUUUACGACGUCGAGGAGUGACUGCAACUGCCAUCAAUGCAUUUAUUCGAGGAAUUGGAAUUACUAGAAGUGAUAAUAGUAUGAUACGUUUGGAUCGCCUUGAAUACCACAUAAGAGAAGAGCUUAACAGAACAGCAGCUUGUACAAUGGUUGUGCUGCAUCCUCUCAAGGUUGUUAUCACAAAUCUAGAAUCAGUGAUCGAUCUUGAUGCCAAGAAAUGGCCUGAUGCUCAGACAGAUGAUGCAUCUUCUUUUUACAAGGUUCCCUUCACAAAUGUUGUGUAUAUUGAACGCUCUGAUUUUCGGGUUAAGGAUUCAAAGGAUUAUUAUGGGCUUGCUCCUGGUAAAUCUGUCCUGCUUAGGUAUGCCUUUCCCAUAAAAUGCAAAGAAGUAAUCUAUGGUGAAGAUAAUGAGAGUGUUGUUGAGAUUCGGGCAGAGUAUGAUCCUUCCAAAAAGACAAAGCCCAAGCUUGCGGAUCUGAAUCCACAUUCCAAAGAGGUAAUUCCAGAGGCUCUUUCUGUAGCCUCUCUUAGCAGUGCUGCGGUUGGAGACAGGUUCCAGUUCGAAAGACUAGGGUAUUUUGUGGUUGAUCCAGAUUCUACCCCGGAAAAACUUGUGUUCAACUGAACAGUUACUCUACGUGAUUCAUACGCAAAGGGAGGAAGCAAGUAAAUCUGGUAUUACAAGUUGACUGUGGAAGAGGAGAGGGGAGACAAAAAAUGGCUUACAUACGUACUAGUUUAGGUCAACAUAUAAAAAUUGCUACGAUUACUGUUUGCAUGAAUUUAAUUCGUUCUGUUCCUUUUACCUAAGAUCUGUAUAAAUCUUUGUUUUGUAGUUAUAUGUAUACUUGUCAUUUUAUUCAUGACAAUGGCAUCAUAAAUAUAGCUGUAACAAGUUCCA